CGACAGCGCAAGUAAGUCAGCAUGCUGCAGGUGUCCUUCUGGCGUCGCUAUUUUGUGGUUGUUCUGUGUCGUCUGAAGUAUGCUACAUGAAGGGGAACGGUUCUAACCAGGUGCAGAUGGUGGUGUGUCCGUGGUCUUGCUGUGGUGUAUCCCACAGAUAUUGCUGUGGAGACGGAUCAGCUGAGAACGACACAACGUUUUCGGAGAAGAGUCUCUCGCAAAGGGAGGUAGGGUCUAUUGUCGGCGGCGUCAUCGUCUUCCUGGUCAUCGCCGGUGGUGUCGUAGCCUGCUGCUUCUGCAAGCCGACGUGUCUGCAGGAGAAGGUCACACCCGAGGUGCAUCGGAACCAUGUCUCUGAUCAACACAAUUUGACAACACUUAACCCUGGCUACAACAUGGGCGUCGUGAAUCCAGCCUUACACCAAUCCAUACCCAUGUCAUAUCCACCAAACACACUACCUGGCAAUCAAUGGGCCGUAUAGAGGGGACUGCUCGUCAUUCCGGACACCUCUAUGUCGUACCUAACAGCUUCACUUGGAACCCAUUGACCGUUUAGCGAGGACUGCUUGUCAUACAUCUAUGUCGUACCCAUUACCCGUGUAUCUCCCUUUAUGACGUCAUCUGACAUACUUGUGUAUUUUAUCAACAGGAACUGUCCACCCCAACAGUCCUCUGAACUGGGACUGGCAAAUGAAUGAACUGUGGCAAUGUGGGGUCUUGUUAGUCAGGGGUUUAUAAUGCACAACAGUGUUCACCUUCUGGCAUUCACAAGACUUGCACGGAAUCUGUAAUGCAGAGGUAUAGGUAAUGGGGGUUCUGCCGCAACCCCACUGGA